AAAAUUGUGUUCAUUUUAACAUACAUAACUUUACAAACGUUUAUUUAUUCCUUAGGUUAUUGCAGUUCCAUGCAUAUAGGAUAGUGUCUGAUCCUUUAUUGUUAUUGACUGAAACGUUUUUGAGCGCAAUUGACAAAUAAUAUGUGCUUUUAUUGAUCUCCAGAGAGAAAGUCGGAGUGACACAACAGUCAUAGAAGAAGCAAAAAUAAGGAAAUACAGGAAUCUGUAAAAAUGCUGAACAUGUGCUAGGCCAAUAAAAAUGUAAAUGUCCUUCUAUCUAUAUUAUGUAAUGUUUAACUGUCUCAUCUUUGAUACACCUGAAGUGAGGAACUUUAGUCUUACCCUGAACAUGGAUUUCAGCCCCUCAUACAACAAUCAAAGCAGUAAAGUUUUCCAAGACAUUGAUAAGUCAAUUCAAAACCAGUGUAAGAAACACAUCUCAACUUUCCAGUCCGCAACGUUAAUCUCAUUUCAGAACGGAAGCACCAUUGCUAACUUUAAUGUCAGUGCUACAUCUUUACAAGAACCAGAAAUUGCAGCACUUAUAUCUGGAUUAUUUACAGAGUUGACAGAACAGAAUUACUCUGUAAUAUUUGACAGUACAGCAUCCUUGACGUUUUCUCCAAAAGAAUUCUUCUUUAAUAAUACUAUGACUGUAAACUGCAGCCUUCCACCAGCGGGGAUUAAUUUUGGGACAAACUGGACUGCUGAGUGGACACGUGAUGGCAAUCUCAUACUUGAAGAUAGUGACCACAGAUUUUUGAGACAGAACGGAUCAGCAACAUUAACUGUGUCAAGAUUCUUCAGAACUGACAUUGGACUUUAUGAAUGCAAGCUGAUACGGAAAGACGGUUCAGUGUUCCGAGAGAAGUCCAAUGGAUCCAUCACUUUCAGCGAGUCACCUGUGCAAGUCACGAGUCACGAGUCCAAGUGAAACCACUCCAAGCUAAUGUGAAGUGUGCGGAUGGACCUGUGCAAGUGGAGUGCUCUGUCAACAGUCCUUACAAGGUUCAGUUUCUGAACUUGUCAGCUGAAAAAAAACAAACCAUUACUUAUUCGGUUAAGGCCCCUAAUAACUGUACAACAAACCAGGAAAGAAAGCUCACUUGUCAAUCAACUGAUUAUCCAGAAUAUAAAAAAGAGAUAAAAGUGACAUUUUCAAAAGAUGAAUUUGUGUGUUUGUUUGAUGAAGAAUUUGGAAAUGCAACUGAAGGUCAAACAGCUGUUGCACCAUGUGAACCAGACAAGGUGGGAGAGAAGACAGCAGUUUGUAAGGAAAAUGGAAAAUUUGAAGAUCGCCAAGACAACUGCAUCAUUAAACUUGUUCAGGAGCUCUUUGUGCAGUCUCAGUCCCUUAAUAAAAAUUCACUGCCAGAAUUUUUGGAUGAGGUCAGCAACACCACUGUCAAUUUUACUCAGAACGUGACUAAUUCUACUGCUACCAUCAGGUCCAUUGUUCAAAUACUCAGAAACGUAGCCAACACAUCAUUAUCUUUAAAUAUCUCAAUAAGCAGAACUUCAAUGGAGGAUGUGCUGUUAACUGUAGGUGCCCUCACCACAGAUGGGGCCAGAAAGUCAUGGAACUCUCUGAACACCAGAACCAUGUCAUCAACAAAUAACGACUCCACCGCUGAAAGUGUCAGCUCAUUGUUGUUGCAGUCUCUUGAGAAUAUAACAUUAGGCCUUACCAAUGGCACUUUUGACAUUGAUACUCCUUCUAUUAUCUUAAACAAAACUAUAUUCAUAGACACUUUCUGUGCUGACUUCAAUUCUUCAGUUGAGAUAGACAUACCAGAGUCUGAUGGAGGAAAUAAGUCAAUCACUGUUAUAACAUUUUCCUCAAUGCACAAUGUACUCCCUGCAAGAGACGAAGGCAAUUCAUCCCUCAACAUUAUCAAUGGAAGGGUUGUACUUGUUCAGUCCAGUGGCACCAUCAAUAAUAUCUCACUCUCAUUUGAUGUCAUUAACAACACUCUUGACAAUCCUAAAUGUGUUUUCUGGAACUUCAGCUUGUUUGAUUGUCUUGGAGGAUGGGAUGACCAGGGCUGUGAGUUGGUAUCCAGUGUGAAAGGAACAGUCACCUGCAACUGCAACCAUCUGACCUCCUUCUCUAUCCUUAUGUCACCCAGUGGUUUCAAUGACACUGUCCUGGACUAUAUAACCUACAUUGGAGUUGGCAUAUCCAUCGGCUCCUUGGUCAUAUGUCUCAUCGUUGAAGCUACCAUAUGGAGACAAAUAAGAAAAAACAACACGUCUUACCUGCGUCAUGUUUCCAUUGUUAACAUUGCAAUGUCUCUUCUGAUUGCAGACAUUUGGUUUAUCAUCGGAGCAGUCAUUUCAGAGGUGGAGGAAAUGAACAUCCUAGAAUGCACUGCAGUUACAUUUUCUAUCCAUUUUUUCUACUUAUCCCUCUUCUUCUGGAUGUUAGCAUCAGGUCUGCUGUUGCUCUACCGCACCCUCACUGUCUUUGAAGGGGGUUUGUCUCAAACAUCUAUGUUGGCUAUUGGGUUCUCUCUAGGAUAUGGGGCACCCAUCAUCAUUGCAACCACCACCAUAGCUGUAACUGCACCCAAAGAUGAAUACAUCCAAAGUACCGGGUCCUGCUGGCUUAAGUGGGAUGAGUCAAGGGCUCUACUGGCAUUUGUGAUACCUGUGCUGUCAAUAGUGCUGAUAAACCUCUUAAUCAUUGCUGUGGUGAUAUAUAAAAUUGUGAGAAGGGUGGGGAUUGAUGCUGCACAAACAGCUGAGAGUCAUGUUGUUGUGGUCAUUGCCAGGAGUUUGACUGUGCUCACACCGUUUUUUGGAUUAACUUGGGCUCUGGGAGUCGGAACAUUAGCCAUCCCAAACAUCAGAGGAAUCCAUAUUGCAUUUGCAUUGUCCAACUCACUGCAGGGUUUCUUCAUAUUGGUGUUUGGAACACUUUUGGACAAAAAGGUAUGGUCAAUGUUAGGAAUAGCGACACAACAGAGGGACGAGGAGCACCAGCACUGGAAGGUCUUCAAGUAGACCGGGUUUGGACAAGCUUGUGUAAAGGCUGUCAAACACUGCGGGAAAUCAAAAACAAAUGAAAAAAAAAAUCGACAAUGCAAAUCCUUCUUUUGGUUUACUUUGCAACUCAAAUCAGCGAGACAAGGCUGUCUAACAUAGAUCUUGUUUACUCACAGUGUGGCUGGUCUGGAUGAUCCUUUUAUUCUCAUUUAGUUCAUUUAGUUCCAGCAGGUAAAGGUGUCAGCAAUUACUUCUGUUUUUUGUUUGUUUGUUUGUUUUUUUAUUUUAAUCAAGGAGCCUCUGCUGCUACUUUAAGUUAGUAUGUUUGUUCCUAACGCAUGUGACAUAUCUUCAUGCAUUUUAUUAGCAUGACUUCAUUUGUUUUGCUGUGUAUAUGUUGCCACUGACAAUAUGUUUAUAUGUAAUAUGUUAUAUAUCUGUUCCUCAUCUGAAAGCAGAAACGAUCAUUGAUUUUUUGUGUGUUGGUGAUUAAUGAAAUCAUGUUGGUAAUUAUAAUUAAAACAUUUGAAAAGCCA